AUGUUGGGGACAAAUGAAAUCGGAUUAGAGUUGGGAUAUAUCAUAGCUCAAGAUUUUAUACAAGAAGUGUCUUCGGAGUUGAUAGAUGAAGAUGAUAUCCAAAUUAUUGAUGGAAAUCAAGAGCUUACAACUGACAUGACAAUAGAAGUUGAGCUUGCUCAUCUAUUUCUAGAAUUUAUUGUUUAG